AUGCGCACAUUCCUCGCUCCGCUCCUGCUUGCGCCGCUUGCAGCGCUCGCCGCACCAGAUGUCUUCGCCGACUUCGAACCAGCCGUUGCGCCAUUAGAGAACCCCGUAUACGAGGCCAUGGAGACAUCUCCCGCAGGCAGCGGCGCCGAAGUCCUCAAGCGACAAAACAACAAUGCAUGCGCAACCCAAUACUUCAACUGUGCUGGUCUCGGCGCCCCGGGACUCUGCUGCCCACGAACAGCCGUGUGCUCAGCCGACCAGGCCGGACAUGUAGCAUGCUGCCCCCAGGGCGCAGCAUGCACAGGAGCAAUUGGCGCCAUUGCCACGGGCGCAAAUCCCUCGGCCACAUCCACCGUCUCCUUCGUAAUCGCAUCCACAACAGGCGACAGCCCCUUCGUGCAGGAAACAAAUGGCGCAAACCACGGAAGCACGGUACAGAACCAAUUCUACCCUUUUCCGUACAUACCGACGACUUACUCCAACGCAGCUGCCUGCUCGUCCGCUUAUACAAGCUGCCAAAGUGAUGCUGCAAGCUGUACGACUGCUCUAGCCAACGGCGCGGCUGGCGUCACUAUAUCGGCACCCAACGGCGCCGGUGCCACCAUUACCGCAAUUCCGAGUGUGGGCCUCCAGUCUGCUCAGAGCAUCUGCUCGAGCUUGAGCAGUCUGGGAUGUUCGCAGCUUACUGUCGAGGCUUGUGCGGCUUUUGACGGUCAAGGAAACGCAGGCAUGAGAGCCCGCUGUGCCGAUUACCUCAUGACAGCAGGUGUUGCUGUCGGCAUCGCAGGACAGCUUUUGAGAUGA